AUGGCACCACCACACACUGAAACGACGACGACUACCACGGAUACUACGCCGAGUACUCUUCAUCAUCGCUCUUCCGCCUCUCCCAAAGUUCAGUACGAACGCAACUAUAUUCCCCCAACGUUCACCAUAAAACAAAUCCGUUCAGCUAUUCCAUCCCAUUGCUUCCAGCGUUCGGCCCUACGAUCAUUUUCUUAUGUCAUAAAAGAUCUCACUGCGAUUGCCAUCCUCUUUUAUUUGGCCACACACAUCGAUACGCAUCUACCGGUUUACCUCAGAUAUAUUGCGUGGCCCUUGUAUUGGUUUUGGCAAGGAGCAUUCGCUACGGGUAUUUGGGUCAUCGCUCACGAGUGUGGCCAUCAAUCAUUCAGUGAUUCAAAGACUCUUUGUAACGUUGUUGGACUCGUAUUGCAUUCCGCCCUCCUGGUACCAUACUAUGCAUGGAGAUUGACGCAUUCGAGGCAUCAUAAGCAUAACGGAGACAUAUAUAAAGAUGAAGUAUUCGUACCAAAAACUAGAAGCCAAUUGGGACUACCAAAGAAAGGUAGCGAGGAGGACAUGGAAAGAAUAAGGAAAAGCAAGGAGGGAGGGUUUUUUGAAGAUGUACCGAUAUUCCAAUUGGCAAGUUUGAUAGGACAGCAGUUAAUCGGAUGGCCCAUGUACUUGAUAGUGAAUGCUUCAGGAAGAGAAUAUCCGGGAUGGCCCAAUCAUUUUAUUCCCACCUCGGCCAUAUUCGAACCCAAGCACUAUACAUCUGUAGUGAUUUCGGAUAUCGGUCUCGCAGUGACGUUGUCCGUGUUAGGAUAUUUUACAUAUGCAUAUUCGUUCAUGACUGUCGUCAAAUAUUACGUGGUACCUUAUCUGGUGGUCAACCAUUGGUUGGUGAUGAUUACGUAUCUUCAACAUACGGAUCCCAAAUUACCCCAUUACAGAGGAGAACUCUGGGACUUUAUUAAAGGGGCUACAUGCACAAGUGAGUAA